AUGGCUAACAGAAACCCGUUCACCAUUCUCAUUUUCCUCCUUUACUGCUUAACUACUUUCUUCUCACUGACGACCUCAAAGUCCACAAUAGAGCCAUGUUCCAACUCCGACACCUGCAGUGCCCUGGUGGGCUACACUCUUUAUACCGAUCUUAAAGUCUCCGAGGUCGCUUCACUUUUCUCCGUCGACCCCAUUUCGCUCCUUCUUUCAAAUUCAAUUGACAUCUCGUACCCGGAUGUUGAAAACCACAUACUCCCAUCUCAACUCUUCCUCAAAAUCCCCAUCCCCUGUUCUUGUGUUGAUGGGAUUCGUAAAUCCUCCACCACCAGUUACAAGACCCGCCCUUCAGACACCCUUGCCUCCAUUGCCUCCUUCGUCUAUGACGGACUUAUCUCGGCCGUCCAGAUCAAUGAGGCCAACCCCGAUGCGGGUAUCUCUGACCCUUCUGUGCUCAAUGUAGGGACUAAGCUUAAUAUUCCACUCCCCUGUACUUGUUUCAACAACAGUGAUAACAAUUUGCCUGCGAUUUAUAUGUCCUAUGUUGUGAAACCUGUGGAUAUAUUGUCGGGGAUUGCAGCUCGAUAUGCUACAACUUUGACUGAUCUUAUGAAUGUGAAUCAGUUGGGGAGCCCUGCCAUUGACGAGGGUGACAUUCUUGCGAUUCCCUUAUCUGCCUGUGCAUCUAAUUUUCCAAAGUAUGCUUCGGAUUACGGCUUGUUUGUACCGAAUGGGAGUUAUGCUAUAACUGCAAGUCACUGUGUGCAGUGUAGUUGUGGGCCAGGGAGCCGCAAUUUAUACUGCUCUCCAGCUUCAUUGGCAGUUUCUUGCUCGAGCAUGCAGUGCCGAAGUAGUAAUCUCAUGCUAGGAAAUGUUACAACACAACAGUUGAGUGCUGGAUGCAAUGUGACUUCUUGCAGUUAUGGUGGCUUUGUCAAUGGAAGCAUCACCACCUGGUUGUCCUCAUCUCUUCAACCUAGAUGCCCAGGAUCACAGCAAUUUCCUCAACUUAUUGCUCCACCUACAGUAGUUCCAGAUUCAUUAUUUUCACCAGCCCCUUCGCCUUCCGAGUCUGGUGGUUUUCCAACAACGAACCCCAAGUCUUCUGUGGUGCCUUCCUCUGGCACAGGAAUAGGAUUUCCACCUGCGAAUGGACCAGCCGGAAGUGCCUCUGGUACAUCAGGUGCUCAUGCCUUGAUGAACAAUUUAUCUAGUUUUUCAGUCUUGCUUAAUUUAGGUCUGGUUUUCAAGAUUCUACUGUCGAUUCCAUUGUAA